AUGAAUCGAAUAUUGCGUCGCCUCCAUCUCCGGCCGGCCCCAUAUCCCUCCUCUCGACGAAUGCGCUACAUCGCCCUCGCCAUAUUUCUGCUCAUAACCUUGACUUUUUUCCUACCGCUGCACACAAAACAAGACCUAAUCGCGAAUGGCUCAUCGUCACCAUCUAGAUUUCGCAUACAAUUCGCCUUCCAGGGCGAAAGCCGUUCCGCUAAACGCAUUCGACAACACCGCCAGCAGCAGGUGCGUCAAGCAUUCCUGCGCGCCUGGAAAGGAUAUAAGAAAUAUGCAUGGCUACAUGACGAGGUGACUCCGCUUUCAGGUGGACACCGAGACCCCUAUGCGGGAUGGGCCGCGACAUUGGUAGACGGGCUGGACUCGCUUUAUAUCAUGGGGCUGCAAGACGAGUUCGACAGUGCGCUGGAAGCACUAAAGUCAAUAAAUUUUUCAAGGCCUAAUGCCGACCGUGUGCCGGUAUUCGAGACCACAAUCCGAUAUCUCGGUGGCUUGUUAGGGGCAUAUGAUGUGAGUGGUGGUAAGUACCCACUGCUUCUUCAGAAAGCCGAUCAGCUGGGAGAAUUCCUAUUUCAAGCGUUUGACACGCCCAAUGGAAUCCCAGCGCCUUAUUACUGGUGGCAAAGAGGAAAUCAGGGAUUGGAAGGGGAGGGUGGAGUUCUGGUAGCACAGAUAGGGUCUCUAUCGCUCGAAUUCACACGCCUAGCGCAGCUCACAGGGAAACGAAAGUACUUUGAUGGGAUUUCCAGGAUUACAGAUCAUCUAGAUCAUGCGCAAAACAACACCCUUAUUCCAGGUCUCUGGCCUUCCCAAGUCGACACGAGAGGUCCCUCUUUCGACAGUUCAGCCUUCACUUUGGGAGCUUGGGCAGACUCGUUGUACGAGUAUUUACCAAAGGAACAUCUUUUACUUAACGGCAAAACGGAUCAAUACCUACAGAUGUACCGGGCCGCCCUUGAUAGUGCUGUAAAAUAUCACUUUUUCCGUCCCAAAACCCCCGGUGAUCAGGAUAUUCUCUUCCCGGGCUCGCUGGAAGCUAGAGGCAAUGGACAACCCGCUCUGCGGACGGAAGUCCAGCAUCUGGCCUGCUUUGUAGGUGGCAUGGUGGGCCUGGGUGCCCGGCUCAAUGAUUCACCUGAGGAACUCGCCAUCGCAAUCAAACUCACCGAAGGCUGCGUCUGGGCUUACCAAAACACGGCGAGCGGGAUCAUGCCCGAGGUCUUUUACAUCGAUGACUGUCCCUCCGAUGGUUCGUGUGAAUGGACGGAUGAGGGCCACGUCGAACCGGGACAUGAAUACGGCUUCACGCGAAUCUUAGACCCGAGCUACCAGCUGCGCCCUGAGGCAAUCGAGUCGGUCUUUAUUAUGUAUCGUCUUACGGGCAACCCCAUCUGGCAAGAGAAAGGUUGGAACAUGUUCCAGGCAAUCAUGAAGCAUACCAUGACACCGAUUGCGAAUGCACGCAUCAGCGAUGUUACAGGUGCGAAACCGAAGCAGGAUGACUCUAUGGAAAGCUUUUGGUUAGCGGAGACGUUGAAAUACUUUUAUCUGUUAUUCAGCGAGCCUGAUCUUGUUAGUUUGGAUAAUUUUGUCCUGUAA